GAUAUCUACUUUCUCGAUAAUCGGAAACUAAACUCACCUAGGAAAAUAACAGAAACAAAAAAUGGACGUUACGUUGUUAGCUUCUUUCGCUGUUUUAAUUAUUGCAUUGAUUAUCGGCAUUACGGUAUUUUCCAGUAAAAAAUCAGCAAAGAAAAAACAAGCAAAUGUAGCCGAAAGAGUUGCACAAGGUAGACCAAUAAGGCGAGCAGCGGGUCAAAGAAUUGCUAGACGUCGUAUGCAAGCGACUGCCAGUCAGCAAAUUGAGGAAGACGACGAUGGAUCUGGAAAUGAAGCUAACGACGAAGCAGAUGAGAAGCCAGCCACGCCUGAUUUCAAAAUGGGUGCAAAGAAAAGGGCCAAGUUGGCAGCUAAAUCAGAGAAAAGGGCACAAAGAGAAGUUAUUGAAAGAGAAAGAGAAGAACGUAAGAAAAGAGAACAACUUCUUCAAGAAGAAAGAGAUAAACAAUCUGAAAAAGAGAGGGCAGAAGAAUUAAGACAAGAGGAGGCAGAAAGGAAAGCCAGGGAGGAGAAAGAAAAGAGAGAAUACGAAGAAUAUUUAAAAAUGAAACAAGCAUUUAGCGUAGAAGAAGAGGGCUAUGAUCAGGAUGACAAAGAAGACGAAGAAAAUUUAUUAGAAGAAUUUGUUCUAUACAUUAAGCAAAACAAAGUAGUAAUUCUAGAAGAUUUGGCAGCAUACUUUGGUUUAAAAACAUCAAGCGUAGUAGAAAGAAUUCAGGAUCUGCAGGCGCAUGAAAAUUUGACUGGAGUUAUCGACGAUAGAGGGAAAUUUAUUUACAUAUCUCAGGAGGAGCUGGAAUCUGUGGCAAAAUUUGUCAGACAACGCGGUAGAGUCAGCAUUACCGAACUAGCAGAAAAUUCAAAUCGUUUGAUUAAUUUGAAUCCAGGAAAACAACCUAGCGUAGUGGAAGCUAGAUAGAUUAUGUAAAAUAAGAAUAAUUUUAAUUUUAACAAAAUUUAUACAUUGUUCACAUUCAGAAAAUAGGAUUAUUAUAUAUAGAGUAAAAAAUAUCCUACUUAUGUCGUAUAAAUUGUAUAUUUGCUGUAAAUAACACAUCUAUAUAUAAAAUGGAAUUUUUAUUACCGUUAAGAUAUACUUGAUAAAUUAAUUUAACAUUAUUAAAUCAGAACGUGAUCAGAAAAUAGGUUUGAUACUUCGUCGAUUUCAGAGACGCGUUAACGAUUCCUUCCCUAAGAUCUGUUAGAAAGAUAUUUAUUAAUCACAGCUCGUAUUUACAUAUUAUUAAAAAUCUACUCAAAGCGAAAACACCCGAAAUUUCCAAGCUUUUUCUCAUUGAUAUUUGCUUUCGAAAAGUUUCGGUGGUUUCGAAUCAACAAUAUGAUGACACAAAGGAUCGAUGUUGCAUCAGAUUCUAGUUUUUAUGUAGAUGCAAAUUGUUUGCGUUAUUUUUUAUUUUUCCCUGAAUGUAUAAUUUAUGUCGUCGAAAUGCGUGUUGACGAUGAUUCUAUUUCUAAAUUGCACAGCGGUAGUUAAUCAUUAACUGGAAGAAU